AUGCGAAUAACCCUUACUCGAGAAGGUCCGUUAUUCAUUUUAUCAAUGAAAAAUGGUGAAAAUCGAUUCACCACAACUUUUAUUCAAGAAAUAAAUGCCAUUUUGGAUGAAAUUGAAUUUACCAUCAAACAAGAAAAUUUGGAACGUGCAGCACUUAUUACGAUCGGUGAAGGAAAGUUUUACAGCAAUGGUUUAGAUUUAGAACACGCACUAAGUACCCCUGGAUUUUUUGAAUAUUAUUUAACAUUACUGGUCAGAGUUUUAACGUUUCGAAUUCCUACCGUUGCGGCAAUCAAUGGACAUGCCUUUGCUGGAGGAUUCAUGUUUGCUAUGGCACAUGAUUAUCGUGUUAUGAGAACUGAUAGAGGAUUUAUGUGCAUGAACGAAGUUGAAAUUCCAUCACCACUUCAUCCUGGUAUGGCCGCGAUAAUUAGAACUAAAAUGACACCAAAAAUUUAUCGUGACUGUAUAUUACAGGCUCAUAGGUUUAGUGGGCAGGAUGCAUUGAAUCAGGGACUGGUAGAUAUAAUUGCGCCAGAAAAAGAUGUAUUACCUAAGGCAAAAGAGUUAGCACUUAAAUGGUCAAAAUAUGCAAGUGCAGGGGAUAUCUAUGGAGAUUUGAAAAAAGAAAU